GAUUUCAGCUAGAACUCCCCCUUUUUAAUAAUGGAGAAGGUUGAAGCUUACGAGACCAGCUCAAAGGCUGCGCCCAGAAUGUCGGAUGAUUACUCUGACUCUAAUGAUUCGUUCUCGAUCUUGGCUUAUCUUGCGAUCGCUUCUAAGAAACUUGACUCAUUUGGUGUAGAAACUAGAGGUAUUGAACGUAUUGAACCUUACGAACGUUCCACCAACAAGACUAAGCAACUUAUUUCCGUCAUUGGUCUUUGGUUAUCUGCAGCUGGGGGUUUAUCAUCGAUGUCCUCAUUCUUCUUGGGUCCUCUUCUUUUCGAAUUAGGACUCCGUAAAUCCAUGGUUUCUGGUUUGAUCGGAAGUACUAUUGGAUGCUUUAUUGCCGCAUACUGUUCUCUUAUGGGCCCAAGAUCAGGAUGUCGUCAAAUGGUAUCUGCUCGCUUUCUUUUUGGAUGGUGGUCUGUCAAACUUAUAUCCUUGGUUAGUAUUCUUGGUGUCAUGGGUUGGUCAGUUGUUAAUUCUGUGGUUGGUGGUCAAAUCCUUUCGAGUCUUAGUGACGGGAAAAUCCCAUUAUAUGCCGGGAUCAUCAUUAUUGCUGGUGUUUCCUUCAUUGUUGCAACUUGUGGUAUUAAACAACUCAUGAGAUUUGAAGCAUUCUUGGCUAUUCCAGUCAAUGUUUCCUUUUUAUUGUUGUAUGUAGCUGCAUCUUCAAAGUACAAGUAUUUGUCCAAUGCUGAUGCUCCUGCUAUUGCAAAUGAUAGUAAAAUGAUUCAAGGGAACUGGCUUUCAUUUUUUUCUCUUUGUUACUCUGUGACUUCUACUUGGGGGUCGAUUGCAUCUGAUUAUUAUAUUCUUUUCCCUGAAACUACUUCAGAUGUUCAAAUUUUCUCCAUCACCUUUUUUGGUAUCUUUAUCCCAACUACUUAUGUUUCCAUUUUAGGUUUACUUUUGGGUAAUAUUGCCCUCAACCACGAACCUUGGGCUGAAUUAUAUGCCCAAUACGGUAUGGGAGGUUUACUUACUGAAGCCUACAAACCUUGGGGAGGAGGUGGUAAAUUCCUUGUUGUUUUACUUUUCAUGUCUUUGGUUUCUAACAACAUUAUUAAUACUUAUUCCGCGGCCUUUGGUGCUCAAUUGGCCGGUGUUGGCUUCGCCAAGGUUCCUAGAUGGAUUUGGGCCAUUGUUGGUACUGCAGUAUACUUUGUAUGUGCCUUGGUUGGUAGAAACAAAUUUGCUACUAUUUUAGGAAAUUUCCUUCCAAUGAUUGGUUAUUGGACUUCUAUGUAUUUUAUCAUUUUACUUGAAGAGAAUCAAAUUUUCAGAACUGAUAGAUUCAUUCACUUAUACACUAAGGAAUUCCCCAAUGGAACUGAUACUAUUGUUGAAGAAACUUCAAAGAGAUCUAUUCUUGCUGCCAAGCAAACAAGACGUAAUCAACACUACAACUUUUCUAUUUGGAAUGAUUACGAUAGUCUUACACAUGGAUUUGCAGCCACCUCAGCAUUUAUAAUUGGUGCUACUGGUGCGGCUGUCGGUAUGUCACAGGCUUAUUGGGUUGGUCCAAUUGCCGAGAAGUGUGGAGGAGACAUUGCCAUGUGGUUGUGUAUGGGAUUCAGUGGAUUGGUCUAUCCAGUGCUUAGAUACUUUGAGCUCAAGAAAUUUGGCCGUUAAUUAUUUAUAGAAUGAUAGAAUUGAUUAUACCAAUAAUAUACAAAUAAUAAUAUUGAUACUACAA